UACAUCAUUCCUCCCGAAGACUACUUCUAUAACCAUCAUCAAGACUUGCAUAAUAUAGAAAUUUAGCUAUUUUUCUUUCUGUUUAUUUCUUCGAGUAAUAUUUUGUUUCUGUGAUUAUGGCUACUGGGCAAGCAUUCAACCCCGUUCCAGCUAUGAGAACAUACCCGCCAGUGGAGCAUCCAGUCGUGGUAAUAGGGCCACAGUACCUGGCACAGUACCCUGUUGAACUCGACGUCAACAUUGAUUUUAAGGUGUCUGACAUUAAUGGCACCCUCAUCUUCCAGGUCAAAAGUAAACUAUUAAGCCUCCAUGAUCGUCGUUUUCUGAAAGAUGCAGCCGGUAACACCGUUGUCCAUCUCAGGAAGAAGAUAAUGACCAUGCAUCGGAGGUGGGAGGCUUUUAGAGGAAAAAGCAAGGAGAAGAAUGAUUUGCUUUUCACAGCCAAGAAAUCAAAGCUGUUCCAAUUCAAGACUGAAUUAGACGUAUUCUUGGGUUAUAACAAAGGAGAGGUCCCUGAUUUCAAGGUCAAAGAAGGCUACAGCAAGAGUUCCUGCUCUAUACUUCUUGGAGAUUCCAAUACCACGCUUGCACAAGUGCAUGGAAGACACACUCUCGCGAUUAUGCCUAAUGUUGAUUAUGCCUUCAUAGUGGCCCUUGUGGUGGUGAUUCUCAACAAGAUCAAUGCUAAUGAUGAUGGGGACGCGGCCAUUAACGGUUUUAUGAAUGGACUUGUUUUGUGCUCGUAAAAAACACACUCUGUCGGUAAAAGUCACCGACAAAAACUGUCUUCCAGCGUUUAGAUUGUCGGUAAUUUCUUUUUAUCGCUAAUUAUGUCAAUAAAAAAAUAAACAUAGACAGUCAUAUAAUUAGAAAAAACAUGUCAAAAAAAAAUUUUCACUAGAAAUAUACCGAUGAAAUAAUUCAGUCUGUAUUUCCAGCGAUAACUCACAGACGGAAAAGUUUUAUCGGUGAAUGUGGCAUAGACAGUAAAUAUUUUACAACUCUCUGUAAAAUAUCGAUGGUCUUUGGCCGUUGGUGUAAA